AUGACUCGUUGGCAUAAACCCACAUGCAAGGCACCACUUAUUGUGGUCCAGAAGGGGACUCCCUGGUGCAAGACUUGCGGUGCUGCGCCAGAUCUCAAAAGCCUCAUCCUGCAACAAAAGUCCACCGGUCCGUUUACCCCACCACCACGCGAUGAACCGUUGGGACAGUUGAACCUUUCCUGGCCCAGCACAGUCCCUUAUGUCACGCCAGCCCUCAACGGAGCUGCAAAGCCGGCCGCUCCCGUUGCAGGCAACGCGAAAGUACCAAUCUCACCAGUGUACCCAUCCAGGCUGGCCUCGGAUCAGUUCCGUUUGAUCUCCCUCACGGCACCCAUCAGUACCGAUGACCCUAUCCACCUCGAUCUUGAAGUUUACAAGAACGAACGAUGCCCUGAGUACGAAGCCACUUCUUACACAUGGGCCGGGGAGAACGGAGACGGUUCCUUUUCCAUGCCAAUCUAUGUCGGGCCUUGGUGGGAUGUCUUAAUACAGACGAAGAAUUGCUGGUCAAUGCUUCGGCUCAUGCGGCCCGUGAGAGGAUGCCGCAUGAUUUGGGUAGACGCUAUUUGCAUCAAUCAGAAUGAUGUCAAAGAGCGUGACGCCCAGGUCUCCAAGAUGGCCCAGAUCUAUUCGGCUUGUCGAUCUGUGUAUCUUUAUCUCGGUGCCACACCAACGACACAACCAUAUCCUCUGCGGCGACAACUGCUGCUGUCUGAUGGAAAAUCGAAGCCGACGGUUCCUGUCGUCGACUUGGCGGCCCUUCUUCAAUAUCGGUAUUUCAGCCGCAUCUGGGUGAUUCAAGAACUCAUCCUCUCCCGUCAAGCCGUUUUCCAGCUCGGCGACAUCGAGUUCUGGAUGAACUCUUCUACAAUCAAGUCGCUUUCCUCUCGUUUCUCCAUCAAGUGGGAACAGACUAAGGCACCUUGGCUUGAGUAUCUUGGCCAACAGGCGUUCAAGGAUCAAAGUCUGUUCAAGACUCUGCGAGCAGUUUCCAAGUCACAAUGCACCGACCCCCGCGACAAAAUCUUUGGAAUCAUGGCUUUGAUUGGAAGUAGCCCUUCUUCUGGGUUCAACUUCCAAGCCAACUAUAGCCUCUCGUGUCAGCACAUGUUCUUGGGUGUCUUUGCGCACAUCCUCCUCAAGCUGAGAAACAUUGACGUCUUGCGUAAUGCGGCUGCCAUGGAGGGUUGGGAUAGAACUCCUUCCUGGGUGCCCAACUGGAAAUCGACCGCCCCCAAUUGGAUCUUCAAGGCUCCAGAAGUCAACUUUUACAACUGGGAGUACUCUACAUUCGAGUCCUGGUGGGCUAAGCUCAAGGACCGGAAGGGCUCAGUCUUUCUCAACGUCAGUGCUCGCAACUCCAGGUGGAAGACCGCCGAAGAAAUCGAAAGCGAGCAGGACAACUUUCCAAAGACCGACUUGAUGCCAGGAAGGUUCACCUGGAACACCAUUCGCGAAAGUUGCAAGGCACAUGUUGAGAGGCCUUGGUACCUCGACGCCAAGAUAGACUCUGCGACAGGCACGCUGGGAAUCAACUUGAUUCACCUUCUCUCUUUCCCUUCUGCCCCCAAGUUUGUUCAGGAGCUAGGUGGGCUGUGGCUCUUCAAGGUCAAGGGCCCAACCGUGUCCAUGUACCUCACGGCCAACUUCCCGCUCCACCAGCACGUUAAGCCUGGAAUCGACCACAUCUAUGUUCUGGACGAAGGAAACUCCUCUUGUUUGUUCCUCGUCCUUCGAGAGCUGGGAACUCCAGGGCAUUUCAGGCUCCUGACUUGCUGUUACCAUGUCAGCUUCCAGUCAUCAUCGUCUUACCUACCGAUAUCUUCCCGGAUGAAUUCUCUUGUCCAGAAAGGACGCGUCCUCGAGUCUCAAAACGACACGGAUUCAAAGAUCUCCGCGCUGCUUGGCAAGAGUGUGUUCCUUAAUGAUCUCCAGACAAGUCUUUACGAGACACUUCAAACAAUGGACAUCUCUCAAUCCCUUUACCGUCAUUCUUCUUCUCUCUGCAAGCUCUUCCUCCGAAGUCCGGCAGAGUGGAAGCCAGGGUCUAUCAAUGAGGCCAAGAUCUUGCAAGCAUUCCAGGGAGUCUUCAAUGACACUCGGGGCUCUAAGCCAGGCUUUCUGGAUUGUUAUCUUGGCUGCAUUGACCCGCGGUUCACGCCAAGAGUCCGGGGUGACUACGUUGAGAUCACAGUUCAACCCAAGGAUCGGAAGCUGUUCAACAAGGACUGCACGGAGCUGUAUGUGGAAUGGGGAUACAAUGGAAAGGAUUGGUCCAAGGGCAGCAAGUGGAUCGAUGCAAAGGAUGCCAAACCCACCGUCCUUAGAGCUUCCCACUUGGCUUUGCGAGAUGCUGCUCGUCAUUCAAGCAUCUUCAAGAGUCUUUCCAAGGUCACUCUUGCCGCCCGCAAAACCCGACAGGAUGAGGUGGCGAUGGCGAAACGUGGCCCGCAUAAGCAGGUGUGGGAGGACCACUUUGUCGCCUUGCCCAAGUGGCCUCUUGAUAUUGUGUCUGACUUCAAGAUUGACGGAAGUACUGUCCGCGUUAACAUUGCAUAG